AUGCGCGGAUUCAAUCUUCGAACCCUGCGGUGGGCUGCAGCCGCUCGCCCAUCGUUGCCGGUGCGGAAUCGAGCUGUUUCGUCGAGACGCUCUCCGGCACCACUGCUACUAUUAAAUCCAUCACCACGCCGCUGCUUCUCAGCCUGUCGCCCGAAUUUCUCACUCUUUGAUGCCGACUCAACAAUCUAUGCCCUCUCCACCGCUCCCGGGCGAGCCGCUAUCGCCGUCGUGCGAGUAUCUGGCCCAGCAUGCGUGCAGAUAUACAAUGCUCUCUGCCCCUCCGCGCCCCUCCCCCGUGCCCGUCACGCCGUUGUCCGCACGCUCUACGAUCCCCUCCAACCUCCAUCCUCGAACACCAUCCUCGACGCCGCAGCCUUGGUGCUCUUCUUCCCCGGCCCCCGAACCGUGACCGGAGAAGACGUGCUCGAGCUGCACUUGCACGGAGGUCCCGCGAUCGUUAAGUCCGUGUUGACGGCGAUCGCAAACGUCAACCCGUCUUCAUCCUCGUUACCUUCCUCCUCACCGUCUCCAACCACAACCACAACAACACAUCCGAAGAGUCCCCAAGUCCUCCUUGAGACCCCCCCCAGAAGCGGGGCAGCCGGAGGAAUUGAAAAAGGAGGAGGAGAAGGAGGGGGAAUCAUCCGCUACGCCGAGCCCGGCGAAUUCACGCGCCGGGCCUUCCUUAACAACCGCCUGGACCUGCCCCAGAUCGAAGCGCUGGGGGAGAUCCUGCACGCGGAGACGGAACAGCAACGACGGAUUGCCGUGCGCGCGGCGAGCAGCAGCAGCGGCAGUGGUCCCGACGGGGCCGGCGCGCUGUCGCAACGCUACGAGCAGUGGCGGCAUCAGUUGCUGUACGCGCGCGGCGAGCUGGAGGCGCUGAUCGACUUCGCCGAGGACCAGCAUUUCGACGAAUCGCCGCGCCAGCUGGUCGGGUCCGUGGGUCGGCAGGUGCGCGCCCUCCAGGCGCAGAUCCGGCUGCACAUCGGGAACGCCGCCAAGGGGGAGUUGCUGCGCAGCGGGAUCCGCGUCGCGUUGCUGGGCGCUCCGAACGCCGGCAAGAGCUCCUUGCUGAAUCGGGUCGUGGGCCGGGAGGCCGCUAUUGUGAGUACCGAGGAAGGUACCACCAGGGAUAUCGUCGAUGUUGGGGUGGAUGUUGGGGGUUGGUUUGUGCGGCUGGGUGAUAUGGCGGGUAUCCGGUCGGAGGAUGUUGGGGAGGAUGAUGGAGAGGGGAGGAGCUCGGCUGCGCGGAAUGUGGUGAUCGGAGCGGUGGAGAAAGAGGGGAUCCGGAGGGCCAAGGCUAGGGCGUUGGAGUCGGAUGUGGUCGUCGUGGUCGUCUCUUUGGAGGCGGAGCAGCAGCAGCAGCAGCAGCAGCAGCAGCAGGCAGGCAGUGCGGGCAGUGCGAGUGCUUCAGCUUCACGGUUGGCAGUGGAACGAGAGGUCGUUGAUGCGGCGAAUGAGUGCGCGCGCGCCGGCCGCUGUGUCGUUGUCGCGAUCAACAAGUGUGAUCGGCUGCCCGGCCUGGAUCGCCUCCCGGAUCAACUGCUUGCCACCGUCCGCACGCUGUUCCCUGCUGUGCCGGCCCGGCGCGUCUUCGGGAUCUCCUGCCUGGAUGCCCGCCGGGAGACGGGCUCCGUAUCUGGCCCGGCGGGGCACGAUCCGGGCCAUAUCCAGCGCUUUCUCCAGGGGUUGAUCGCUACCUUUGAGGAACUGGCCUCCCCGACGGGCAUCGAGGAGGAUGCCAACGGUCAGUACGACCGCUCCUACUGGGAGGAUUCCCUGGGGGUCACCCACCGACAGAGCUCGAACCUACAACGCUGCCUGGAGGAUCUCGACGCCUUCAUGAUCCAGACUCAAUCAUCGAACCACGACCACCACCAGCUUACACCCGAGUCCGACGAGGAGGUCGACAUCGUCACCGCAGCAGAGCACCUCCGUUCCGCUGCCGAUGCCCUGGCCAAGAUCACGGGUAAAGAUGAGAGUGGCGACGUGGAGGACGUCCUAGGGGUGGUCUUCGAAAAGUAA